GAUUUGUUGAAGUCUUCGAUAAUCCAAUACAUUGUUUUAAGUCACUGAAACUACGUCAGGCUUCUGGGUCAUGUGAUGGCGGAGUACGUCUGCUCGCUUUUGAAACUUCGUGGUAUCUAGCAUAUUCAUUUUGACUCUAUGCUAACUUUGGUUUCGUAUCAACUAAUGUGAUGGAUUCAUUUCUAAGUUAUGCAACCACUGCUCUGCAUUCAGUUUGUAAAGGUAAAUGGAUUCUUGUAGUUGGAAAUGAAGCUUGUGAUUUGGACAGUACAGCAUGUGCACUUGCUUAUGGAUUUUAUAAACAUAUGACGCUUGGAAAUGAAUUCACUGUUAUACCUGUAUGCAAUAUCAAUAGAGAAGAUAUGAUAUUACGUACAGAAGUUACUUUUUGGCUUACUCAAUGUGGUUUGAAAUGGGAACAAUUAAUUUAUCUAAACGAUCUGUUUGAUGAAAAACAUUUAAAACUUACUGAUAAUCAAUUAUCUCUUAUCCUAGUUGAUCAUAAUUUACCAACGAAAGAAUUUAAUCAACUGCCUGUUAUCGAAAUAAUUGAUCAUCAUCAAAUAAUAAAUUAUGAAUCUAUUGAAAAUUGUCCAUUCAAACAAAUCAAUCCUGUUGGCUCUUGUUCAAGUUUAAUUACACUAGAAAUUUUAAAAGGAAUCAAUGGAAAUGAACUACCAUUCAAUGUAUGGAAAUUACUUUAUGGUGCAAUAUUAAUUGAUACCAUUGGACUUUCUAGUACUGGUCAAGCAAUUGGACGUUUAACUGAAUUAGAUUAUCGUAUGGCAAAUCGUAUUGAAGAUAUUAUUUAUAAUCGAAUAUUUACUCCUAGUAUAUCUAGAAAUACAUUGUUUAGUCAGUUGGAAACAGCAAAAUUUAAUGUUGAAGGGUUAUCUACAUGGGAUCUGUUACGUCGUGAUUUAAAAAUUGUUUCAAAUCCAGAUAAGAAUGCAUACCAGAUUGUAUGCUCCACUGUGUCUGGAGUAGAUUACAAGGCGUUGAUUGAUCGACCUGACUUUAUUGAAUCAGCAAACCGAAUAUGUACAAAAUAUGAUACUAAUAUACUUAUUUGUAUUACUGUUGGUUAUCCGUCAUUAGGGAAUUCAUCUACACCUUUAUCUGAAACGACAACUUUCCGAAGAAGAGCUGUGAUUGUGUAUAGUAUGAAUGCUCCUGUACCGUAUUAUAAUGCUUUAGUUGAAUUUUUCCUUGAUCCAAAGCACAAUCUAGAUUUAAACCCUCAAUCCAUACCUGGAUUUAACCAUUUUAUAGCAGUUGUGAAUAAUGUUAAAAUUACGCGCAAAACUAUACUACCUUUGUUGGUUCAGUUUCUUCAGCAUUCAGAAUCACUUGGAAACACUGAUGCUUCAGAUUACAAUGAUAAAAAUGAUGUGAAUAAUGAUGAUAACAAAAAUACUAACUGUAUAGAAGAUUUUAGCCAAAAUUCUAUCACUCCCCAAGAAAAUACUGAGAAUUCGCAUUCAUCUGAUACAAAUCUGAAGUGUUCACUCAAAGCAGAAGAUACGAUAAAAGACACAACUGAAUUGGUCUCAAAGGCAGUUGUUCUAUCCUUAAGGAAUUGGCUUCUUCCUUUACGUCCUAGAGAACGGUGUGAAUUUUUAAGGUCUUGUCGACAAAGCUCUCUUAAACAAGAUAAUAGUCCAUCAUUGGAUCUACUGGACAAUUUAUGGACAAGUCUUUGGCGAGAAAUCAGCAACACCUCUCAUACUAUCAAGUCUGCUGUGGGUACACAAACACCGAUACCUAAACUAAUGUGGUUGAAAUCACGUCAAACUAGACGUGUUGCAAGUAUGAUUCACGGUCAUAAUUUAACCUCAAAGGCAGGUACAGGUAGAAUAAGCAAUUUCAAAUCCUCACGACGUUUCACGUUAUCAGAUUUUAAGGACCUUAUUACACAUGAUGAAAUUCCAUCUAUAAGAACUGAAAUCGAUCUACCGCCAUCACGUCUUACUCGACACGAAUCGGAUGAAAAUUUAAGUAUCUCAGAUUCAGAAAAUUCAAAACCCAAUUGGCUUGAGACUGAAUAUCUGACUGAUAUUCCUGCUUGGUUACCAGCUAAUUUUAUUUCAACUUCAUUGGAUUCUGCUGAGGCAGUAAGUUAUCGACUAUAUCAUCGUUUAUCCACUAUGCCAUCAUGCAAAACUGUUGAAACUGAUCUUCCUCAUAAUCAUUCAUCUAUGGAUCAUUGGAGUGAUCAAGGGAAUUCCAUUGUCUUCAACAAUAAAGAUAAUCUUGAUGAUAAUAGACUCGAAGAUGAUGAAUUGGCAUUACUGCGAACAUCACUCACAGACUUCAGCCCAUUAUAUCUAGACAAACAAACAUCAACUUCUGGUUUAUUCAGUUACGUCAGUUGGUCUUCUGGUCAAGCAGAUUAUAUUACUGAACAAGGUUUAAAAUUUCUCAAAUUAGGUUUCCAUGCACAGCCAAGUAAAGUGGACGAUAUAGGCUUAAGGUGUCAAGAAGAUUAGCAUUUCCAGCAUAAAGUAUCUAAAUGAUGAAUUAUGACAUUUAUUGAAUACUGGCUUCCAGAUGGUAGUAUGACGGACUUCCUGAAGAGCAGACAAGUGAGCAACGUCGUGGUCAUGUUACGUUUGAUCUUGAUUAUACAGAGAAUUCAUCUAUCAGUUAAACAGGAAAUUCUAAAUAUAUUAUCACAGGCGAAAAUGUGGAAGUUUAAUAUCAUCGAAAACACUUUGUAUCCCCUUUAUCCCUAGUCGAAAAACUGCUUAGUAAAAAAAAAAAUAUCUUAUUUUUUAAAUUUCCAUGACAUGUUUAUCAAGUUUGUUCAUUUCUUUCCAAGAAUUCGAUUAAUUUUUUUUCCUGCUUAGUUACUAUAUAUAUUUAUCUAUGUUUGUGCGUAUAUUUUCUUUUUCUUUGUUUUAAAUAUGCACUUUCAUCUUUAGUGUAUUUUAUUUUGUAUUUUAUUUUGUUGCUUACUGUUUUAGGUGUUUUGCGUUUUCUUCCUUAGUGUUGUACUACACCCUCAUGCCGUUUUUGUCUUGACUAAGUCAUCAUUGGGAAAUUCGUAACUAUUCCUGUUUUUUUUUUGUUUUUUUUUGAGUUUCCUUAUGAUACUGAUGUUCUUCAUAAUUUUUUUCUUAAGGUAUUUAUGAUUUAUCUUCUGAUUUUUCUGUCGCAUAGCAUUUUCUGUAUUAAUGAGAAAUACAAUAAUAAUAGUAAUAAUAAUUAUUAUUUGAUUC